AUGGCUAAUAACCCAACACAACCUAAUGUUGGGUUCAUCCCUUCAAACCCUGACAAAACUUCUUCAAUUACCCCUCCACCUACAUUUCCUCCACCCUUGUUGCAUUUACACAAAGAUCAAGGCUCACCUCAUUCAAAUGCUGCCUCACCUGCCAAUGGUGUUGCUGCUACAGGAAGUCCUGUUCCUCACUUGAGUACUCCUCCUGGACCGCCUGUUUUUACGUCGCCAGUGAGGCCCGCGGCUGUUCCGUUUCGAACUUCGCCUGCUUCGCCUCAGCCGCCUGCUUUUUCUUCGCCGCCGACUCAUUAUGCCAAUGGAUCGUUUGAUUUGCAGCGUCAAGUUUCUGAUAAUGUUGGGGAUCAUGUUUCACUUGGGGAGCCUUCCUUUGUUCUUUUUUCAGCUCAUAAGGUAUUGAAGCAGAAGAAACAGGCUAAUGUACCCAGUUUGGGUUUCGGGGCAUUGGUCUCUCCUGGGAGGGAGGUGUCAACAGGCCCCCAGGUAAUACAACGUGAUCCGCAUCGCUGUCAAAGCUGUGGGGCAUAUGCAAAUAUAUAUUGCAACAUAUUGCUUGGAUCAGGCCAGUGGCAGUGUGUGAUAUGUCGAAAAUUGAAUGGAAGUGACGGUGAGUACAUUGCACAUAGCAAGGAAGAUCUUCACAGAUUUCCUGAACUAGCUUCACCAAUGGUUGACUUUGUUCAAACUGGGACCAAGAGACCUGGGUUUGUUCCAGUUUCAGAUUCCAGAAUGUCUGCACCAGUAGUUCUUGUAAUAGAUGAAUGUUUAGAUGAACCUCACUUACACCAUCUUCAGAGCUCCUUGCAUGCAUUUGUUGAUUCUCUCCCUCCAACAACAAGAUUAGGAAUUCUACUAUAUGGCCGUACUGUAUCAGUGUAUGACUUUUCAGAAGAGUCGGUUGCAUCUGCCGACGUGCUUCCCGGGGACAAGUCAGCAAGUCAGGAAUAUUUGAAAACUUUGAUUUUUGGUACCGGUAUAUAUUUGUCACCCAUGCAUGCUUCACUGGCUGUAGCACAUUCCGUGUUUUCAUCAUUGAGGCCAUAUAAGUUGAAUGUACCAGAAGCUUCCAGAGAUCGGUGCCUAGGAACUGCGGUUGAGGUUGCUCUUGCUAUAAUUCAGGGGCCAUCUGCUGAUCUGUCCAGAGGGGUAGUCAAAAGGUCAGGGGGCAAUAGUAGAAUUAUUGUUUGUGCUGGUGGACCGAACACUUAUGGGCCUGGUUCUGUUCCUCAUUCUUUCAACCACCCUAAUUAUCCGUAUAUGGAAAAGACAGCAUUAAAAUGGAUGGAGAAUUUAGGUCGCGAGGCUCAUCGACACAAUGUAUUGGUUGAUAUUUUAUGUGCUGGAACAUGCCCUGUAAGAGUUCCUAUCUUACAUCCUCUUGCAAAAGCAUCAGGUGGAGUUUUGGUUCUUCAUGAUGAUUUUGGAGAAGCUUUUGGUGUUAAUUUACAAAGGGCAUCUUCCAGAUCAGCAGGCUCCCAUGGAUUGUUAGAAUUGCGGACAUCAGAUGAUAUUCUCAUUACACAAGUUGUGGGUCCAGGGGAAGAGUCACACGUAGACACCCAUGAAACAUUUAAAAAUGACACCGCUCUUUAUAUUCAAAUGCUAAGUGUUGAAGAGACACAAAGCUUUUCUCUCUCUAUGGAGACCAAAGGAGAUAUCAAAAGCGAUUUCGUCUUUUUCCAGUUUGCUAUUCAGUAUUCAAAUGUGUAUCAGGCUGAUGUUUCAAGGGUUGUUACUGUUAGAUUGCCUACAGUAGACAGUGUUUCGGGAUAUCUCGAGAGUGUUCAGGAUGAAGUUGCUGCAGUCCUCAUUGCAAAGAGAACUCUGUUACGAGCGAAAAACCAAUCUGUUGCUGUUGAGAUGCGGAAAACAAUAGAUGAAAGAAUCAAAGAUAUUGGAGAGGGCCACUAUUGGGAUGUAUUAUUGGCCAUGAAGAUGAGAGGGAGGGAGGAACUUUUGAGGAGCUACCGGCUUAUGAUCUUGCUAUGCAGUCUGAUACUGCUGUUGUACUUGACCAUGGCCACUGAUGUCUUCAUUUGGCUGGGUGCUGAACUUGUAGCUGACGAAGGAAAGAGUGCUGCUGCUUUGGCUGCAUGCAGGACAUUGGCUGAAGAGCUGACCGAAUUACGUUUUCCAGCUCCUCGCAUCCUUGCAUUCAAGGAGGGUAGCUCGCAGGCUCGAUAUUUUGUCUCUCGUCUCAUACCAGCUCACAAGGAUCCACCUUAUGAACAGGAGGCAAGGUUCCCACAACUUCGGACAUUAACAUCAGAACAACGAACAAGGCUGAAAAGCAAUUUUGUUCACUUUGACGAUCCGAGUUUUUGUGAAUGGAUGCGAAGUUUGAAGACCGUGCCACCACAACUGAGUUGA